CGAGGGGAUUAGAGAACUGCCCAAAGCUACUAAUUCUGCGUUAUGUUCCGCCGGCGCUUUCUAUUGUGCUGCUGCUAGGUCUCUUCUAUACUCUCGUUUUGAUUUUCUAGGGUUUCGGAUAAAAUUCUAGCACUAAAUUGUUCCAAAUAAAAUGCCUCGAAGUUCAAGAAGCAAAUCGCACAGGCAGAGCAGUCGCCACACAAAAGAGCUUGUUAAAGAGCACUCGGAAGAUUGUGAAGUUGAUAUUGUGAAUGUGUAUGAGCCGAAUAGUAAUGACUAUGUAUCAGCAGCUAGGGUUUCUGAUGAAUUGGCGCGUGUAGAGAAGCGGAAGUUUGAUAUGUUUGGUGAUAGUGAUGGUGAUUUCAGUGGCGAGGUGGUUGUGUCGAGAAGGAGAAAAGAGAGAGUCGAGAAAUCGAAAGAAGUGAAAGUUGAGAAAUCGAGGGGAAAAGAAGUGGAAGGCGAGAAAUUGAGAGGGGUGGAAGGUGAGAAAUCGAAAGAAGUGGAAGUUGAGAAAUCGAGGGGAAAAGAAGUGAAAGGCGAGAAAUUGAGAGGGGUGGAAGGUGAGAAAUCGAAAGGAAAAGAAGUAAAAGUCGAGAAAUUGAGAGGAGUGGAAGUUGGGAAAUUGAGAGGAAAAGAAGUUGAGGAGAUUGGUGAGGUGGAGAGGAAGAGGAGGGGGGAGGUUGAGGAGAGGAGUGAAGGGAGAGUUGAGUUGAAGCGGAAGUGCGAUAAGAAUGGGAAUGACUGUAGGAAGGAUGUGGAAGUGGUGAAGAAGAGAUUGCGGUCGGAUGGUAGUGGAGAUAGGGAGGUCAGAAGAGGGAGAGGAGUUGCUGCAAAAGAUGAUAUACGGAAUUACGAGGUAGAAAAGGAAAUAGAGAAAAAGGUACAGAAGAGAGUAGAUUACCUUGGCGAUAAGAAUAAACAUCAAGAUGACAUAUAUAACGCUUUUGACAAACGAUCUUUGAGAGGUGAUUGCUCCAAAGAUACAAGGCACAAGGAUGAAAGGCGUAGAGAUAAGUAUCAGGAAGAUGAUGAUAAAGAUAUUCAACAAAGGGAGGAUAAACUGCAAAAGGAAAGUGACAGGAGCAGCAGGUACAAGGAUGCCAAAUAUCGAGACAAUUCUGAGAAAAAAUAUAGACACCGGGAUGAGAAGUAUAGUGAAGAUAGGUUUAUAGAUAGUAGACACCGAGAUGAUGAAUAUUGUAAAGACAGUGGCAUAUAUACCAGACACAAGGAGGAGAAGUAUCCUAAACAUGUUGAUAAAUAUGAUAACAAUGACAGGCACAAUGGUUGUCAGUACGGAAAAGAUGGCAAAACUAUUCCACAGAAGGAAGAAAAGCGUUAUGAACAUAUUGAACGGGACAAUAGACACAGAGAUGCCAAGCAAAAGGCUGAGACUGACAGAGAUAGAGAAAAAAGGGCUCAGGAUGUGAAGUUCAUGGACAGGUACACCUUAAAAGAUCAUGAUAGUGAAUCUGAGAUGAAGCAUACAAGAAAUGAAAGUGAUACCAUAGAUCCUAACCAGAGGAAGUCGAGCAAUCAUGACUCUAGUCCCACUUGCGAUGAUAGGGUCACUAAAUACAAAAGCGACAUGGUUAAGAAAAGACUUACUGACAGAGAGGGCUACGGUGAUGUCAGAUAUAAAAGUAUAAACAAGCAACACUCUGAUGUGGAGAAGAAGUCUAUGAACAACGAUGAAGUAUACAUCGUUACUGAAAAAGGAUCGUCCAAUUCUCGUAAGACAGAUGUAGAUACUAGUCUGGACUAUAGUUAUAGAAGGAAUUCUCCCAACUCCAGUACUCGUGAUGCAAGUGAUCAUUACAGGGUUUCAAUUCCCGAAGAACCGAAUCCCAGAGAAUAUGGCUGUGAGGAGAAAGCUCGGCACAACAGAAAAUCUAGCAGGGAGUUUCUUCGUGCUGGACGAACGGAAAGUACUUCAGCUCGACCAGUAGAGAAAUACACUCAAAACGAUGAUAGCCAUUUUGAUGAAUUGUCUCAUGACAGAUUAGAUGCCCGGGCCUCACCAUUGAGUAUGGCAGAUAAGUCCCUAUCAUCUACAAAUACUGAGCGAAGGCAUUUGAAUAGCUCUGAAAUCAGGAAAGCACUUGAUACUGAACAAUCUGCAAUGAGGCGGGGCAGUUCUAGGGAUUAUUCUGGUAGGAAAGAAGCAGGUGGCUUGGAUAUGCAGAAGGAGAUGCAUUUAGUGGAUGAGCUCUCACAAGUAGACGGGGAGAGUUUUUCUAAUUUACCACCUUUAAAAAGAAAUAGCAACUCUACCCGUAGUUUUGUGCCGCCUUCUCCAUUCAGGAAAGGAUUGGACUUCUCGCCUUUUGGCUAUUCUGAAGAUGACACCAGAGGCAGGUCAAACAACCAUUACAGGAGAAAUAGUAAUUCUAAAACUGGAUCCCGUGUAAAUGCUUGGGAUGGUGUCCCAAACUGGCCUUCCAAUGUGCCAAGUGGUUUCAUGCCUCUUCAGCAUGUUCCUCCUGUAAAUUUCCUUCCUGCGAUGCAGCAAUUGCAUACCCCACAAAUAUUUGAUCUUAGACCAACAAUGGAUUUUAAUAACAUGCUGCCUUUUAACAUGCCUGUCACUAAAAAUUUUCCUGUUCAUGGGUGUCCAAUUGGUUGGCAGAAUCCAGUGGAUGAUUCGUGCCCUCCUGUGAAUGGUUGGGAUGCACAUACUCAUGGUUACAUGAGAUCAGAUUGGGAUCAAAACCGAGGCCAGACAAACAAACGUGGACGGGAUACAAAUGCAGACCUGCGGUCAGGAAAAGACAAUGGGUUGAGUGGAGAUUUGACUUCUAUUCCACAGAAAGAGGAUUUAGGUGCUGCUAAUAAUGUUUCAGCUGGACAAUUAAAUCAGCAAGCACAGAGUGAGCUAUUUCACCCUUACUCUCAAGAAUGUAGCUCUGACGUUCAUUCCCCUUAUCCUCUUGGUAAUAUAAUUGCUGAGGCUCCCAUGGGUGCUACCAAGGAGAGUCGUGAUAGAUCUGAGAUUUUUGCAGACAAUAAUGCUAGUAGUUAUCAUAUCUACUUAUCCAGGCUUGACAUUUCAGCAGAUCUUACUCAACCUGAUUUGUAUAACCAGUUAACUAGCUUGACUAAUAUGGACCAGAUCAAAACAGAGGAGGAUAAAUACAUGAUGAUAUACAUGGAGGAGAUAUUUGAGUGCGAUCUUGCUAAUGAAAUUUGGACUGAUGUACCUUUCAGUAAUGAUUCGGUUUUCCAGAAUGCCAUGUCUCUGUACAAGAAGCAGAGAGAGGAUAUCGGAUCCAUGAACAAAAUGCUAGCAUUUUCUUCCAAUAUGGAGACCCCAAAGGUCAUUCAGAGACAGAAUAAUAGCAAAGCUCCUUCUGGUUAUAAUAAUUUAGAGAAAGAGGUGCUAGCUUCACUUAAUGAUGCGCAUACAAGCAGUGCAGUCUCAGAUUAUGAAGGCGUGGAAACAUCAAGUGUGUUACUGGAGGCGCAAGCAUCUUCAUUGACUGCCUUACAGAGGUCAGAUGAACCAUGUGUGACUAACAUUGUGGUGGUAUCCAAGGAUCAGGCAUGUAUGCCAAAUGAGAAAGAUAUGGGGGUUCAUCCAGUUUUCAGACAGGAUCCAGGGGACUUUACCAAGGAAAAUAAAUCAGCCAUGCAGCUUGCAGAGUUGUCUAAAGCUCGAGGUAUUCUUGAAGAAAUGAAAAAAGCCGAUGAACUUUCUGCUUCCAACAGUAAGGAUGAUAAAUUGAUCGACACUAAGGGCCCUAUGCUUUAUUCUGACGUAUCCUCUGAGGCCGACUUAGUUGAGUUUGAGGCGGUAUAUAUAAGUUGGAUACAUCGUUAUUAUGAAAGUACACAUUAAGACAAUUCUGAUUUAAUAUCAUUCUCAAACUC